AUGACCGACAGAAUCAAAGAAGCAGUCCUUGCAGAGGCAAAAGCCGCGCAGGACGUCGCCCACGAUGUCGCCCGCUCCGGCGCCUACCUCUACCCAUUCAAGGUACCACCCACCUCCCUACCCCCAUCCACAACCCAACGACAAGCUAAUAACGGAGCCAAGGGCCUCAUCUACUUUGCAACCCACAAAUCCCUCUGGCGCCCGUUCCUCUCGCGCGCCAGCCAAACCAUCACCCUCGGCCUCGGCGUCACAACGGGCAUGUUCUUCUUCACCUACGUCCCGCAGAUGACCCUGAUGCUCUUCACGAGCGGGCCCCUGCUGGCCCCCUUCUCGGCCGCCCUGCUCGUCCUCAGCGAAAGCUCCACCAUCACCACCUUCCUCUCGCGCUCGUUCGUCCUCGGCGACGCCCUGACGGAUACCUUUGACGGCACGCUGGUGUCCUGCGGGUGCGAGACGCUCGUCGCGCAGGGGCGCCACGUCGCCGCCGCCGGCGGAGGGGAAGGAGGCGGUGAUGCGAUCGCGCGGCUGGGGAAGAUGGUGCGCAAGCCGUUGGCGCGGCUGCGGCCGCGGGCGCUGCUGCGGUCGCUGCUGCUGCUGCCGGUGAAUUUUGUGCCCGUCGUCGGCACGCUGGUGUAUGUGUUUGUGCAGGGCCGGCGGUUUGGGCCCGUGGCGCAUGAGCGGUAUUUUCAGUUGAAGGGGUGGGGGGAGAAGAAGAGGGAGGAGUGGCUGCGGAGGUUUCAGGGGGCGUAUACUGGGCUGGGAAUGGCGUCGUUCCUGCUGGAGAUGGUGCCGUUUGCUUCGUUGGUGUUUGCGUUUACGAAUACGGUUGGGGCGGCGCUGUGGGCGGCGGAUUUGGAGAAGGCGGUGCAGUGA